GACCAGGGCCGCAGCGCGUCGGGAAGUUCUGACGCGCCCACUACUGACCAACAGAACAGAUCAGGUGCGCGAAAGACGACGGGGCCCGUCAGAGGGCCCUCGAAGCCCUUUAAACUUUACCUGGGGCAUUAACUCGCCUACUUAUUAAGCCAAGGGAACGACAAAUCGGCGCACAGGCCCUCGGAUUGAGACUCGGCAGCUGCGGCAAGAGGAGGAGGAGGAGGAGGAGCACCUACUGGUCGCCUUGGAGCUCUGCCACGACGAUAGUUUCGACUAUCUUUCACGGAUCGGCAGAUCGGCAGAGCGACGGGGGCUCCUUGUGAUUCUGACACACAUGGACAUUGAAGAGACAGAGUGGCCGAGAGAAGCUUGCUAGCAGGUGCCACUUCGCGCUCCUUUUCGACGCGCGCGGUUUCCGAUGUCCGGAGAUUACAAAAAUGACGGGAGACAGUUCAUCAAAUACAGACCUCUGCGCGGCGACAGUGGGCCAACCCUGAUGGAUACCCCGGGGGAUGAGGAGAAAGCCAUGGAAUCGGGCGACCAACAAUCGUACUUGGUCGGAAAUGGAUCCUUGGACAGGAAAGGUCGACUCGCUGAUCGAACCAAGACUGGCGGAUGGAAGGCUGCCCCAAUGAUUUUUGGGACGGAGCUAUGCGAGCGAAUAGGUUCGCUAGGACUUCAGCGCAAUCUUGUGACAUAUUUUACCAAGAAAAUGCACUUGAGCAAUCCAGUGGCUGCCAAUAUGGUUUCAAAUUUCACAGGUGCCCUCUACCUCACUCCUUUCCUCGGGGGUUUCAUCGCCGAUGCAUACCUGGGUCGAUUUUGGGUCAUCGUCGUCUUCUCGGUGAUUCAGAUUUUUGGAAUGGUUCUUUUGACCUUGUCAGCGUCACUUCCAUCGUUGAGGCCUUCACCGUGUCCUGUCAAAUCAAAAGCUCCUUGUCGCGCAGCGCAUGGAUGGCAGCUUAACGUCCUAUACAUCGGCAUCUAUCUCAUUGCAGUAGGAAAUGGCGGUAUAAAGCCCAACAUCUCAUCUAUCGGCGCGGACCAAUUUGAUGAGACGGAUGCCAAAGAGAAGAAACAGGUUACACAUUUUUUCAACUGGUUUUACAUCUGCGUGUCCGUAGGUUCACUCAUCUCGGUGACCGUCAUCGUUUAUCUCGAAGACAAUAUAGGUUUUGGAUGGGGUUUCGGUAUCCCCACGGGUAUAUUUGCUGCCGCUGUUCUUAUGUUCAUAGCAGGAGCGCCUCUUUACAGAUUCAAGGUUUUACAUGGCAGUCCCUUGACUUCCAUCUCUCAAGUCGUCGUCGCAGCUAUCCGAAAUCGUAGAAUCCCCCUGCCGGCUGAUGAGAAUAUGCUGCACGAGGUGUCUGACAAUGCUGUGGGGUUUUUAGUUCCUCAAAGGAUCGCCCACAGCAACCAAUUUUUACUGCUUGACAAGGCAGCGGUUAUUGCUGAGAAGCCAGAGGUGAAGAAUCACGCCUUGGCGGAUGUGGAUCCCUGGAGGCUGUGCACCGUUACGCAAGUCGAGGAAGUGAAGAUGAUGAUAAGCCUUCUGCCCAUAUGGGCAAGCACGUGCUUCGUAUGGACUGCACUUACGCAGAUGGAGACUUUUUCUGUUGAAACCGGGGGAACAAUGGAUCGCUCCAUGGGUCCAAACUUCCAGUUUCCUGCUGCCUCUUUGGCCGUUUUCGAGUUGGUGAAUGUGUUGCUCAUUCUGCCCCUGUAUGAUUUAUUUUUUGUCCCAUUCAUGCGGCGGUUUACUCGGCAUCCCCAAGGUAUCAGCACUCUGCAGCGAAUCGGUGUAGGCAUACUGUUCUCAAUCCUAGCUAUGGUGGUCGCUGCCGUGGUGGAAAUCAAACGGAUGAACGUCGCAAAAGAGCAUGGUUUGUUGGACAAGCCGAAAGCCAUUCUUCCAAUGAGCAUCUUUUGGCUUGUUCCCCAGUACUUUCUUCGGGGCACAACAGAAAUUUUCACUCAAGUGGGCCAGUUAGAUUUCUUUUACAGUGAAGCCCCUGAAUCCAUGCGCAGUUUAGGGACGGCGCUGUAUCUCAGCACCAUUGGAGUGGGACACUUCUUGAGCAGCUUGCUCGUAACCGCCGUACGAAAUGUGACGCGGGAUGGGGACGAUCCUGGAUGGUUGAGAGACAACUUGAACCGCAGCCGGCUGGACAAAUUUUACUUUCUGCUCGCCAUCAUGAGCGCUGUAAACUUUGUCUUCUAUCUAGUUUGUGCUCAUUGGUACAAGUACAAGAAAGUAGUUCUCGUAGCUGGUGGCCCCACUUUCACAAGUCCGCCUUCUGAUCGUGAGGUUCAAUCGCGGCAUUGAUCCUUUUGUUUUAAUAAAUCAAUAUGUACAUAAGUGAAUCCCUUUCUGAGUGUUUUAGU